CAUCCUCCACGGCUCCGCCGGCCGCUCCUCUCUUCUUCUCCCCUCCCUAUAUCCCCGAGGACCUCAGCCACAUCCUCCGCUGCGCCUCUCUAGUCUCCACUGCUCCAUCCAUCGCAUCUACCACCCAAACCCCAAACCCCCACGGAAGGAAGCAAUGGCUUCCUCCACCCAGGGUCAGGUCAUCACCUGCAAAGCGGCGGUAGCGUACGAGCCGAACAAGCCGCUCGUGAUCGAGGACGUGCAGGUGGCGCCGCCGCAGGCCGGCGAGGUCCGCAUCAAGAUCCUCUCCACCGCGCUCUGCCACACCGACCACUACACCUGGAGUGGAAAGGAUCCUGAGGGUCUCUUCCCCUGCAUUCUUGGCCACGAAGCUGCUGGAGUUGUUGAAAGUGUCGGUGAAGGAGUGACUGAUGUGCAGCCUGGGGAUCAUGUCAUUCCUUGUUACCAAGCAGAAUGCAAGGAAUGCAAGUUUUGUAAGAGUGGAAAGACCAACCUCUGCGGAAAGGUUCGUAGUGCUACAGGGGCAGGUGUCAUGAUGAAUGAUCUCAAGAGCAGGUUCUCGGUAAAUGGAAAGCCCAUUUACCAUUUCAUGGGAACAUCAACAUUCAGCCAGUACACUGUCGUGCAUGAUGUAAGUGUUGCAAAGAUCAACCCACAGGCACCUCUAGAUAAAGUCUGCCUGCUUGGCUGUGGUGUUUCUACCGGUCUUGGAGCAGUGUGGAAUACUGCAAAGGUUGAAGCUGGCUCUAUAGUUGCUGUUUUUGGCCUUGGCACAGUUGGACUUGCAGUUGCUGAGGGUGCAAAAGCAGCUGGUGCUUCUCGGAUUAUUGGCAUUGACAUUGAUAGUAAAAAGUUUGACGUUGCAAAGAACUUUGGAGUUACAGAAUUCGUGAACCCAAAAGACCAUGACAAACCGAUCCAACAGGUCUUAAUUGAUCUUACAGAUGGUGGUGUGGAUUACAGUUUUGAAUGCAUUGGAAAUGUAUCUGUUAUGAGGGCUGCACUGGAAUGCUGCCACAAGGGCUGGGGAACCUCUGUCAUCGUUGGUGUGGCUGCUUCUGGCCAGGAGAUUGCCACACGGCCAUUCCAGCUUGUGACUGGCCGUGUCUGGAAGGGAACAGCUUUCGGUGGCUUCAAGAGCCGAACCCAUGUCCCAUGGCUUGUUGAGAAGUACUUGAAAAAGGAAAUCAAGGUGGAUGAGUACAUUACCCACAACAUGAACCUGACUGACAUCAACGAGGCGUUCCACCUGCUGCACGAAGGUGGUUGCCUGCGCUGCGUGCUGGCAGUGCAAGAUUGAGUUUCUAAGCGAAGCAGUUUGCGUCAUGUCGGGUUGUAAUCUAGAUUGUGUCGUUGGUACUAGAACUCUUUUGCCUCGUUUGGCCUGGAGCCUGGAUGCCCUCUGAACCCACUGUCACAAUAAUAUGCUGUUGGAUGCCCUGGUGAUGGUUACUGCUGUGUGCAUGUUUACUUGUAUCUCGGUCGCAAAUGUGCUGUUUCUGAAAUAAUUUUUGCGUGUCAAUUUUCCUUGCA